AUUUAAUCUUUGACGAAACCGUUUUUUCUAUUAAAUUUUUUUAAUGGCUCUGACUUGAAGAAGACAGAGUUAAUUAUAUUUGCUUGUAUACUUCUUUUCCCUCUCUUCUUAAGGCACCCUCUCCCAUACAUACUCCACCAUUUCUCUCUGAUUGAAGUAUCAAAACAUGGGUGGUGUGAGUAUGAAUCCAGUGUUUAGGAGUGAAGUACCAUUUGGGUAUUACUGCUACAACAACAACAACAACUACUCUGAGCAGAACAACACCAUGGUGGAGAAGAGACAGCUAUUCCUGAGAAGCUACCAGUUCUGUAGAAAGAAGAGUCUGACAGAGAGAAUCAAAGGGUCUUUGGUUCGUGCCAAGAAAAUUGUGUGGCUAAGGCUAAGGUCUGCUUGCAAACUCAGGAGGUCCUUCAAAUGCGCUUUCUAUUACCGCAGGAGAAGGUUCUUCCAGCUUUUACACAGCAACAACCGCAAAACCGAAUCUUCUUCAUGUUUAUGGUAAACAAAAGAGACACCACAACUCGUCACACUCAAGACACCUCUGAUCUUUUAUUCUUUCGUUUCUAUUUGUCAUUAACCAGUUACGGUUUCUCAAUAUGAGUUUGUGAUGGCGAUUUGGAACUGAUGUUGCUUACAUAAUAUUGUUCAUUAAUCACAAAAAGAGUUUGGCUUUGCUUCUGUU